AUUUGCAAGGGACCAUUGCGUAAAUGCAUAUAAAUUGCAACACGAGAGGGACGAGGGGGGCAGAGCAGUAAUAAUCUGAGAAAUCGAAAACGACAUAUAUUCUCGCUUCUCCAAACACUCUCUCUUUUUCGCCGACAUACCAACGGUUCGCCGGUGCUGAGCCGUCGCCGACUACUCCCAACGACCUCUUCUUUAAUCUCUCCGAGGGAUAUAAGAUGAUCGGAUCGUUGCUUACCAGAGGACUUGUGAUGGUCCUUGGUUAUGCGUAUCCUGCCUAUGAGUGUUAUAAAACAGUGGAACUAAAUAAACCUGAUGUUGAACAACUUCGGUUUUGGUGUCAGUACUGGAUCCUAGUGGCCAUGUUGACGGUUAUGGAGAGAGUAGGGGAUACUUUUGUUUCAUGGGUUCCAAUGUACAGCGAAGCAAAGCUGUUCUUUUAUAUAUACUUGUGGUACCCUAAAACAAAGGGAACAUCAUACGUUUAUGACUCCUUCUUUAGACCAUACAUUGCAAAGCACGAGACGGAUAUUGACCGUAAUUUGAUAGAAUUAAGGACCAGGGCUGGAGAUUAUGCGAUUUUAUACUGGCAAAGGGCUGCAAGCUAUGGUCAAACCAGAGUUUUGGACAUUCUUCAAUACAUUGCUUCCCAGUCAACACCAAGACCCCGGUCAACUCAGCCACAACCAGCUACCAGAGUUCGCAGACCCCCAGCAGCACAAAAUCGCCAAGCAGUUGCUACAGAAAAAACUCAAGUUGAUGAACCAGCUUCUCCUACUGCUAGUACAUCUUCGGGUGAGGCUCAGGAAGACAUGGAUGAAGAUAAAGACCCUCCAGAAGUUCCUGCACCAGCUUCCCCUGUCGCUGCCGUUAAUGCACAAAAACUGACUGUAACACAAUCUAUUGCGGGAUUAUCAAAACCCACAAAUGCACAAAAAUCAACCGUAUCACAAUCUAUUGGUGGGUCAUCCAAACCCACAACCUCAAAUGAAGAAGCAAUGGAUACAGCGUCUUCUCCAGUGCAAGAGGCAAAAAGCCCUCCCCCUCCUGGACAAGAUGCGGUUCUGGAAGAAAGCAUCCGAGUUACACGUGGCAGAUUGAGGCGAACACGUGUCACAUCAAUUCGUUGAAUGGUGCUGCAUUGAGAAGCCCCAUUGUGUAUAUAGUAGCUUAAUUACCAAAGUUGUGGACUUGUUCUAGUUUCUGCAUUAAUUUCUUAUCCGGAUUUGGCAAUUGGGAUACCUUGAUUUUAAUCCAUUUGUUGUCCUUAAAAUGUUUCUAAACAUUGAAAGUUAUUCAGGGUUGCUUACGUUAAAAAAGGCUAAAUAUUUUUAUAGUA